AUGUUGAGUAAUACUAAUUGUGGUUGGGUCGAUGGACCCGAAGAAUUAUUUGAUCCUUUACAGUUUGCUGUCGAUUUAGAAAUGACGGAUAAAAGCAGUGAUAAUGGUGUCAGAGAUGUGAAUUCACUUAAAAAUGAUGAUCGUGUAUUUAUAUCAAAAGGAUUAAUUACGAAAGCCAAUGGAUCAUCAUACGUUGAAUUGGGUUUAACAAAAAUUACUUGUUCUAUUUAUGGUCCACAUGAAACAACAACAGAUGAAUCGUAUUCAAAAUGUUUAUUGGACACAUCGAUUAAAUUUAGCCCCUUUUCUCGUCCAAAACGUAUUGAUCCACUACGAAUAACAUAUGAAAAUUCAAAUGAGAUGGACGAUACAGAAGAAGCAGAAUUAUGUUCAAUGUUAGAAGAAUGUUUAUUACCAUGUAUAUUACUACAUAAAUAUCCAAAAUCACAAAUUGAUAUUAUUAUUGAUAUAAUUCAAGAAGAUAAUGAAGCUAAUCUGUUAUCGGCAAUUGUUUUAAGUACAACUGUGGCAUUGAUUGAUGCUUGUAUUGAAUUGUAUGAUACAGUGGUGGCAAAAUCCUUAAAAAUUGAUUCAAAUCUAUUGACUGUUUGUUAUAUGCCCAAUCUUGCACAAGUAUCGAGUUUAUUUUUCGAUGGUGAGCUAACAACGAAUGAAUUAGAUAAAUAUGUUGAUGAAUGUAUUAAACAAUGUCAUAUAUUACAUAAAGCAAUAUGCAAAGUGAUUAUUGAUGAUUUAAAAAAUAAGGAUCAAGAAUCAAAACAGACUAAAAUAGCAUAG